AUGUACAGCAAUCCCACACACGGGCAGCAGAAAUUCAAGGCACUACUACACAAGACUACAAAGACAAGCCCCAAUGGCACGGUGGUGGUGUGCGGCGACUUCAACGCGCCACACAAAGAGCUGGGAUACAACCGCACCUCGGCCAAAGGACGAGACCUGCUGGAAGAAGCCUCAAACGCCGGCUUUGUGCUUUACACAGACCCGGGCAACCCUACAAGAAUUGGAACGUCGACUACGAGGGACACAAACCCGGACCUCACUUUCGCUCGACUCUCCGGCAAAGCAAGAGGAACGGCGACCUGGCGCAACACUGGCCACAACCUGGGCACCGACAACGAGAUCGAAGACAUCGAGAAGUGGAGGGAACGCGUAACCAAAGCAGCCGACUCGGUUACCGCCGAGCUGGACGUAGAAGAGGAAGUACCGCAAAUCGACAGCAAGCUGGCUCACAUGAUCGAGGCUCGCCAAUCCCUGCAAAGAAGAUGGAAAAAGCAACGGCACAAUCGACGGCUACGGAAACGAGUCGCCGAGCUGGGUCGCGCCAUUGAAAAAUACAGCAGAGAACUAUGCACGCAGCAAUGGCACGCAACGUGCAGCGCUGCGGACGGACAACUACAUAAAGGACAGACUUGGAAGCUGUUGCGACACCUCCUGGACGAUAAAUCCACGAAAGGCCACCAGCAGCACAGGCUUGCCCAAACGAUCUACACUGCCGUCAAGACACUAGGCGAAGAGGAAGCCAGCAAGCGCAUCAAUGCCAAGUACCUCCCCACGGCGGCCACCGAGAUCCACCCCGACCACAAUGGACCGCACAACCCAGAACUGGAUCGAGAGAUCGAAGAAUGGGAAGUCCGAGCUGUACUACAAGAGCUCAACUGCAAGUCGGCGGCAGGACCAGACCGGCUUCACAACCGGGCGCUGCGUAACCUCAACGAUGGGGCGAUCGCAGCACUCACAAGAUACUUCAACCAAUGCUGGAGAGAAGGCAAACUACCGAAACAAUGGAAGACGGCUCGCACGGUCCUCAUACCGAAGACCGGCAAGCCACCCAACAUUGAAAAUCUACGGCCCAUCUCCCUGACGUCCUGUGUCGGAAAAGUGAUGGAACACAUCAUGCGUAACAGGUGGAACCGCUACCUCGAAGACAAGGGCCUCUACCCGGACGAAAUGAUCGGCUUUCGAGAGAAGCUCAGUACCCAAGACGCCAUGAUACAACUCCAGCAUGAAAUCCUGGAGGUAUCAGCUCCCACUCACGACACUAGAGCAGUUCUCGGCCUAGACCUGCAGAGUGCUUUCGACAAGGUACGCCACUCGGCAAUCCUGUCGCAGGCCUCGCGGCUAGGACUUGGACGAAGAUCCUACAACUACAUAAGGGACUUUCUGUCCAACUGA